GAAGAGGACCUAAGGAGUGCUAAGGAGCUGUUAGAAAAAAUCGACCGAAACGGUGAUGGGCAGGCCUCAUUUGACGAAUAUAUUACUUACACCUUCGGCUACGCGGCUGAGGAUCUCGAUCGUCUCAGCAAGGACCAGACGACGGACGCGAAGAACCUAAUCUCGAAAACGGACAAAUAUCUGGAGGAGUAUGAGGUGACCAAAUUUAAGGAGAUCGACACGGAUGGGAACGGACUGAUUGACACAGAGGAGUUGAUCAGUCACUAUAAGAAGAGUAAGUUCUAUUGUUUGAACAAUAUGCCACAGAGUUGGGAAGUAGAUACGAUCAAUGGAACAAAACUUAUUCCGCUUCACCUUUCGGAUUCAUGCUCGCGUCUACCGCUUCUCAACUUUGUCACAUGUUCGUGA